AUGGCUCCUUCAGCAACAGAAACCGUCACUUUGGAAAGUCGCCCAGUCAAGCUCACGAGCAACGUUGGGCCGUACAAGGAACUUGCACCUAUCGGUUAUGAGAAAGAUGCAGAAGAACAAGGAAAAGAUGGUUUCUCUGCCGCCAAAUACAAACACUACCUCCCAACCUGGGGCAUUGAAAGCUACCCGCCUCUGGAGCCUUUUGAGCACAGAGACCACGGCCUGGACGCUGAUCCGAACUUCCCAGAGCUUCUGGCAAGUGGUGUUACGACCAACGACUUGACUCCAACUAUCGGUACUGAAGUGACUGGGGUUCAACUGAGCAAGUUGAGCAACGCUGGAAAGGAUGAGCUGGCACGGUUUGUUGCCGAAAGAAAAGUCGUCGCCUUCAGAGACCAGGACUUUGCCGAUCUUCCCAUAAGUGAAGCUCUUGACUAUGGCAGAUACUUCGGCCGACUUCAUAUUCAUCCUACUUCCGGAGCCCCGGCUGGAUGUCCGGAGGUCCAUCUUGUACACCGUGGUGCCGGAGACAAAACAGCAGAGCAAUUUUUUGAAACCAGGACCUCUUCUGUAGCAUGGCACAGCGAUGUCUCAUACGAACUACAACCUCCUGGAACAACAUUUCUCUACAUCCUUGACGUCCCAGAGAGCGGUGGAGACACCCUUUUCGCCAAUCAAGCGGAAGCAUACAACAGACUCAGCGACGGAUUCAAGGAGAGGCUACACGGUCUCAAGGCUACUCACUCGGGCAUAGAGCAGGUAAAUGCUUCUAGGGGCAAGAAUGGCGCAGUUCGAAGAGAGCCAGUUGUGAGUGUGCACCCGAUUGUGCGCACACACCCUGUCACAGGGGAGAAGGCUCUUUAUGUGAACCCACAAUUCACCAGGUCAAUCGUCGGUUACAAACAUGAGGAGAGCGAGGCCUUACUCAAAUUUUUAUAUGAUCAUAUCGCAUAUGGCGCAGACUUCCAGGCUAGAGUCAAAUGGGCCGAGAAAACGGUGGUAGUGUGGGAUAACAGAGUCACUUCUCACUCCGCAUUAGUCGACUGGAAGUCGGGGCAGAGAAGACAUUUGGCACGAAUUGCAGCGCAAGCUGAGCCCCCAACUGAGACACCCUUUAAGGCUUGA